AUGUUCGGGAAACCAGACAAAAUGGACGUUCGGUGCCACUCGGACGCAGAGGCUGCCCGGGUCUCGAAGAACGCGCACAAGGAGAGCCGGGAGAGCAAGGGUGCGGAGGGGAACCUCCCUGCCUCCUUCCUCAAGGAGCCGCAGGGCGCCUUCUCCGCGUCGGGGGCCGCGGAAGAUUGUAACAAAAGUAAAUCCAAUUCGGCCGCCGACCCGGAUUAUUGCCGCCGGAUCCUGGUCCGAGAUGCCAAGGGUUCCAUCCGAGAGAUCAUUCUGCCCAAGGGCCUGGACCUGGACCGGCCCAAGAGGACGCGCACGUCCUUCACCGCCGAGCAGCUCUACCGGCUGGAGAUGGAGUUCCAGCGCUGCCAGUACGUGGUGGGCCGAGAGAGGACGGAGCUCGCCCGGCAGCUUAACCUCUCCGAGACCCAGGUGAAGGUCUGGUUCCAGAACCGGCGCACGAAGCAGAAGAAGGACCAGGGCAAGGACUCGGAGCUGCGCUCGGUGGUGUCGGAGACGGCGGCCACGUGCAGCGUGCUGAGGCUGCUGGAGCAGGGCCGCCUGCUGUCGCCUCCCGGCCUGCCCGCGCUGCUGCCUCCUUGCGCCACCGGCGCGCUCGGCUCGGCGCUGCGCGGUCCCAGCCUGCCGGCCCUGGGCGCGGGCGCCGCCGCGGGCUCGGCCGCCGCCGCCGCCGCCGCCGCCGCCCCGGGUCCCACGGGCGCCGCGUCCCCGCACCCGCCGGCCGUGGGCGGCGCUCCGGGCCCCGGGCCCGCCGGGCCAGGGGGACUGCACGCGGGCGCGCCGGCCGCCGGCCACGGCCUCUUCAGCCUACCGGUGCCGUCGCUGCUCGGCUCGGUCGCCAGCCGCCUGUCCUCCGCCCCGUUGACAAUGGCCGGUUCGCUGGCCGGGAAUUUGCAAGAACUCUCCGCCCGGUACCUGAGCUCCUCGGCCUUCGAGCCUUACUCCCGGACCAACAAUAAAGAAGGGGCCGAGAAAAAAGCGCUGGACUGA